CCGCCGUCGGUGCGCGGCCACGGGGAAGGCGCCUCCCGCAGACGCUCGGAACUGCCGACCCGAGAGCUAACCCGCGGAGGGCCGGCGGCGGGAGCGGAGUGGGUCGGGCGGGGCCGAGCCGGGCCGUGGGCCGUGUGGGGGCCGGGCGGCGGCCGGGCCGGCGGACGGCGGGAUGGGCUGCACGGUGAGCGCCGAGGACAAGGCGGCGGCCGAGCGCUCAAAGAUGAUCGACAAGAACUUGCGGGAGGAUGGCGAGAAGGCGGCGCGGGAGGUGAAGUUGCUGUUGUUGGGUGCCGGGGAGUCCGGGAAGAGUACCAUCGUCAAGCAGAUGAAGAUCAUCCACGAGGAUGGCUACUCGGAGGAGGAAUGCCGGCAGUACCGGGCAGUGGUCUACAGCAACACCAUCCAGUCCAUCAUGGCCAUUGUCAAGGCCAUGGGCAACCUGCAGAUUGACUUUGCCGACACCUCCCGCAAUGACGAUGCCAGGCAGCUGUUUGCGCUGUCAGCUGCUGCCGAGGAGCAGGGAGUGCUCCCUGAGGACCUGUCUGGCGUCAUCCGGAGGCUCUGGGCUGACCAAGGGGUGCAGGCCUGCUUUGGCCGCUCGCGGGAGUACCAGCUCAACGACUCAGCCGCCUACUACCUGAACGACCUGGAGCGCAUCGCACAGAGUGACUACAUCCCCACGCAGCAGGACGUGCUGCGCACCCGCGUGAAGACCACAGGGAUCGUGGAGACGCACUUCACCUUCAAGGACCUGCACUUCAAGAUGUUUGAUGUGGGUGGCCAGCGGUCGGAGCGGAAGAAGUGGAUCCACUGCUUUGAGGGCGUCACAGCCAUCAUCUUCUGCGUCGCCCUGAGCGCCUAUGACUUGGUGCUAGCUGAGGACGAGGAGAUGAACCGCAUGCAUGAGAGCAUGAAGCUGUUUGACAGCAUCUGCAACAACAAGUGGUUCACGGACACGUCCAUCAUCCUCUUCCUCAACAAGAAGGACCUGUUUGAGGAGAAGAUCACACACAGCCACCUGACCAUCUGCUUUCCUGAGUACACAGGGGCCAACAAGUAUGACGAGGCAGCCAGCUACAUCCAGAGCAAGUUUGAGGACCUGAACAAGCGCAAAGACACCAAGGAGAUCUACACGCACUUCACGUGCGCCACCGACACCAAGAACGUGCAGUUCGUGUUCGACGCUGUCACCGACGUCAUCAUCAAGAACAACCUGAAGGACUGCGGCCUCUUCUGAGGGGCAGCGGGCCUGGCACAGUGGGCCACCGCCGACUCCGCUGCCCCCAGCCCCGAGGAAGAUGGGGGUGAGAAGACCAUGCUCCCUGCCCGUGCCCCCGCCCCGCCCCUUGGCCGCUUUCCCCCUCUCCUUCCUCUGUUCUCAGCUCCCUGUCCCCUCCCUCAGCUCCAGACCUGGGAGGGGCUGCCACAGGCCUCCCGGUUGGAAGCCUGGCCUGGUUGGAGCUGUCGGCAGUGGCCACGGUACCCCCUUCCUGGGCAUCAGUUCUGGGGUGUGGGGGGCACUGCUGAGUCCCCCAAAGCCCGUGUCUGGAGCGGCACUCACUCCUCCAGCCUGGACCCCUGACCCAGCCCAAGUCCAGAUGUUUACAGGGAGCCUCCUGCCCACCCGCCUCCCCGCCGCUCGGAGGCCCCAAAGGAAAAAGCACAAGAAGCGUGAGACGCCACCAUUCCUGGAGACCACAGCCCACCUGCUCAUUCUCGUCGCUUUUUAAAAAAAUGAAAGUAAAGGAAAAAAAAAAAAAAAAAAA